AUGGAUUCUCCUAUUGAAAUUCCAAAUAACAAGUCAAAAAAGAAAGAAAGUGAUCCAUUAAUGACCACAAGGAUUAAUAUCUCAUCUAAAGAAGGUGAUAAUGAUGAUGGAAUUUACUUGACAUGGAAAGAUUUGUGGGUGACAGUGCCAGAUAAAAAAGUGGGAAGAAGGCCAAUACUUGAAGGGAUUAGUGGAUAUGCUCAACCUGGUGAAGUUUUGGCUAUUAUGGGUCCUUCUGGUUGUGGUAAAUCUACUCUUCUUGAUGCAUUGGCAGGAAGACUAGCUUCAAAUACAAGACAAAGUGGAGAUAUACUCGUCAAUGGACGUAAGCAGGCACUAGCUUUUGGAACUUCGGCCUAUGUGACUCAAGAUGACACCCUAAUGACAACACUGACAGUAAAAGAAACAGUAUAUUAUUCAGCUCAAUUGCAACUUCCUCAAUCAAUGUCAUUACAUGAAAAGAAAGAAAGAGCAGACGAAACAAUAAAAGAAAUGGGAUUACAAGAAGCAAUGAACACAAGAAUUGGUGGAUGGAGUUUAAAAGGACUAAGUGGUGGACAAAAAAGAAGAGUUAGUAUCUGUAUUGAGAUAUUAACAAGGCCAAAAUUAUUGUUUCUUGAUGAACCUACAAGUGGUUUGGAUAGUGCAGCAUCUUAUCAUGUGAUGAAUAGAAUUAUCAAGAUUGCACAAGAAGAUAAGAGGACAAUUGUGGCAUCAAUUCAUCAACCUAGUAGUGAAGUUUUUGAGCUAUUUGAUAACCUUUGCCUUCUUUCUUAUGGUAAAACAAUUUAUUUUGGCUCAAGUUCCAAAGCAAAUGAGUUUUUUGCUAUCAAUGGAUUUCCUUGCCCAUAUAUGAGGAACCCUUCUGAUCAUUUUCUUAGAACAAUUAACAAGGAUUUUGAUGAUAUUGAGGAAGGAUUUGGCAAAAACACAAUUAGCUCAGGGAAAGCAAUUGACACUCUUGUCAUGUCUUAUGAAUCAUCAGAAGCUUGCCUUAAUGUUAGGCAAAGGGUACUCACCAUUUCCCAAAAGAAUGGACGGUUGCUCGAAAACAAGGGAAGUCAAGCAGGGUUCAUCACACAAUGUCGAGUUCUAACACAGAGAUCUUUCAUCAAUAUGUAUCGUGAUUUGGGAUAUUAUUGGCUUCGAUUUCUCAUUUAUCUUGCACUUUGCUUGUGCAUUGGCACUGUGUUCCAUGAAAUUGGCUCUGGUUAUGGUUCCAUUCAGGCUAGAAGCUCAAUGCUUGUAUUUGUGGUUGGCUUCUUAACAUUCAUGGCAAUCGGUGGAUUCCCUUCCUUUGUGGAAGAAAUGAAACUCUUUACGCGCGAAAGGCUAAAUGGUCACUAUGGUGUGGGUGCAUUUGUCAUUGGCAACACAUUAUCUUCAACUCCAUUCUUGUUAUUGAUCUCUUUGGUUCCCGGAGCAGUGGCUUAUUAUCUUGCUGAUGUUCAAAAAGGGAUUGAUCGUUUUUCCUAUUUUUUCCUAAUGUUAUUUGCUUGCAUGAUGCUAGUUGAGAGCCUAAUGAUGAUUGUUGCAAGUAUUGUCCCUGACUUUCUCAUGGGAAUUAUAACAGGUGCUGGAAUUCAAGGAAUAAUGAUGCUUAAUGGAGGCUUUUUUCGAUUGCCAAAAGAUCUUCCAAUGCCAAUUUGGAAAUAUCCAGUGUACUAUUUAGCCUUCCACAAAUAUGCAAUUCAAGGUUUUUACAAGAAUGAGUAUGAAACUUUUACAUAUUUUACUAACAGCAGACAUGCUGUGAUAGUUACUCGUGAUGAAAUAUUGAGAGAUAUUUUUCAAGUAGAUUUGAGUUAUUCUAAAUGGGGAGAUAUUGCUAUUGUUCUUGGGAUGGUGAUUUUAUAUAGGUUAAUUUUUCUUAGUAUUAUUAAGGGUAAAGAGAAGUUUAGGCCUGUGUUAAGAGGUUUUAAAUAUCGUUGUAGCAUAUAAAAUAGAUUAUCUAUGGAUAUGCUGUGACUGUAAUUAUGUAAUUAUGCAUUAUGCUGAAUAUGUUGUGUUACAAUCGA